AUAUGUGUGUGCACAAAUCUUAAAGAAUAGAGUGAUAAGUAGUGGUAAACCCACUAUUGGUUGAAUCAUGGGUGUCCCACUAAGCGUGACACCGUUGUUCCCUCAUGGCCACAUAAGAAAUAGCCUCCCAAGUUCCUGGGACACCCCGUGCACUUCUCCCUGGCUUAUUCCCACUUCCCUCUAGAGGCCAGCAGUCUUCUGAAUUGCGGGUCAGCCAUUCGCUGGCUUUUGUCGGUUUCCCACCUUUGUCUGGAUCCUGAAACUGGGAAUGAUUUUGGCUCAGUUCGCUGGGAGCUGGGUGUCCUGUACUCUUGGGACACCAGGAGCAGCAGUUCCUGCGUUCCCAUUCUCCAUUUCAGUGUCCAAGGUGGCGCCAUGCACACAUAAUCACCUGUCCUGCUGGCAGUGAGCAUUUGGGUGGGUUUCUGGGUUUUGUUUUUGCUGCCUUCUAAGUAGCUGACUUUUCACCCCCAAGCUAUGCUUCUUGAGGCAGAGAAGUGCCAGUUUAUUUUGUUUUCUGUCUCUAAAUCCAGUUCCUUAAUGCACCACUGAGACUCAGUUUAGAAGUACAGUGAAACUUUGUGAGCAUUUUUCUCCCUGAGUUUGAAUGGAUCCCUCUCUCAUUCUUUGAGUUUUUGGGCACUUGUCUCUUAGACACUUUCAAGUUACCUACUGGACAGGAGAGACCUCUUCUCUAUAAAGUAUCACACUUGGAGGCUUUUCAGGCACAGGACCAUAGAUUGUAAUAUUUUCCAUAGCAAUUGUCCUAUUUUAUCUGUAAAAAUUGCUUUUUAAGGCCUGGCACAGUGGCUCACACCUGUAAUCCCAACAUUUUGGAAGGCUGAGGCAGGAGGAUCACUUGAGCCCAGGAGUUUGAGACCAGUCUGGAAAACAUAGUGAGACCUCAUCUCUACAAAAAAUUUUAAAAAUUGGUUGGGCAUCGUGGCAUGCACCUUUAGUUCCAGCUACUCAAAAGGCUGAGACGGGAGGAUCCCUUGAGCCCAGAAAUUAGAGCUAUGAUCGUGCCACUGCACUCCAGCCUGGGCCACAGAGCAAGACCCUGUCUCCAAACAAUCACAAAACUUCCAAUGGAUGCCGAAUAUAUAACUUUUUUUUUUUUUUUUUUUCUUAUUUGGAGUAAAAUAACUUGAUCCUUGAUCUUUGGCUGUAGCUCCUGAGCCAUUUGAGGCACUGGGGGGUUUGUGUGUUGAUUACCUAUGAAGGAGUAAGUGGGCUGUUUCCUUCUCCCAGCGGCUUCCUUUGACCCCACAUCCCUGAGAGUCUCGCCCAUUUUCUUCUUGGCUUCCUCCCUUUGAUAUGCCCAGCCGGCUCCUGCCCUACCUGGCCGCCACCAGGACCUGCUGGAGGCGGUUGCUGGGAAUUAUUUGGUGUCCUGUUUGAACCUCGCUUGCCGUGCUCCCAGAUUUCCUGUUUCUCCUGGGCUUGCCUUUCAGGAUUUGCAGAACCCCUUCUCCUUUAGAAGUGUCAACUGGGGCUGGGUGUGGUGGCUCACGCCUAUAAUCCCAGCACUUUGGGAGGCCGAGGCGGGUGGAUCACCUGAGGUCGGGAGUUCCAGGCCAGCCUGACCAACAUGGAGAAACCCCGUCUCUACUAAAAAUACAAAAUUAGCCAGGUAUGGUGGUGCACACUUGGAAUCCCAGCUACUCGGGAGGCUGAGGCAGGACAGUCGCUUGAACCCGGGAGGCGGAGGUUGCGGUGAGCCGAGAUUGCACCAUGGCACUCUAGCCUGGGCAACAAGAGGAAAACUCUGUCUCAAAAAAAAAAAAAAAAAGUCAAUUGGACCUUAGGACAACUUAAAAACAUCAGGUUUUUAUCUUUUAGAUAGCAGACAUGAGUCUGCUCUUAAUAAGGAUUUACAGUAGUCUCUCUGUUUCCUGUGGGCUCCUGGCUGGCUUGUGUGAGCUCCCUCCUCUAGGAUGGGCACUCCAUCCUGGACAUUGCCGCGUUGCCAGCUGUCCUGCCAAUAUUUUGCUUCCUGUGGUGUUGUUAUUGGUUGGGGGUCCAGGAGAGGUUGCUGCCUGGACUGAGUCUACUUGCUGAUCAGGAUGAAGUUGAUCUCUGCUUCCCUUCUGAAGGUUUCUGUGCACUGUAUUGAAUUCAAGGACAGCCUACGUAAGAAGUGUGCACAGCUCCAAGAGUUCUUCACAAAUGAUUAUGCCCUUGUAACUAGCAUCCAGAGUGAGAAACACAACCCUGGAAGCCCCUCACGUAUCCUGAAGCUUUUAGUCACUCUCAACCCCCACCCAUAAGAUUAGUGCUGCCUGCUUUUGAAUGUAUGCAAAUGGAACUGUAAUAGUCUUUUUGGCUCUGGCAUCUUUGCUCAAAAGUAUAUUUGAGAGAUUCAUCUGCAUUGUUUGUAAGUCAAACCAUGUGAAAUUAUCAGCAGUCAGCUGUUUUUUUACCCCUAAAAGGUAAAUUCAUACAGUUCAACCUAAACGUUCUGUCCUGUGCACUGCUGGAUCAUAGUCUUUUAUACCUGCAGCUGUCCCUUCUCAGGGUGGGCAUAGUUGUUUUCCAUUGUUGGGCCUUCAUGAGUGUGCCUGCCUGUUUGGUGUGCAUACGUGUGCAUUCUUGUUGGCGUAUACCUUGGGUGAGUUUUUGGGCCCACAGCUAGCUAGCUAGCUAGCUUGUUUGCUUUAUUUAUUUAGAGACGAAGUUGGCUCUUGUUGCCCAGGCUGGAGUGCAGUGGCGCAGUCUCAGCUCACUGCAAGCUCUGCCUUCUGGGUUCAAGUGAUUCUCCUGCCUCAGCCUCCCAAAUAGCUGGGAUUACAGGAGCCUGCCACCAUGCCUGACUAAUUUUUGUAUUUUUAGUAGAGACGGGGUUUCACCAUGUUUGCCAGGCUGGUCUCAAACUCCUGACCUCAGGCGAUCCACCCACCUUGGCCUCACAAAGUGCUGAGAUUACAGGCGUGAGCCACCACCCACGGCCUUGGGCCCACAGUUUUAGAUUGUGCCAUCCAAGGGUUUUCUAAACCAUGUGAGUUUUCUGGCCAGGUGCGGUGGCUUAUGCCUGUAAUCUCAGUACUUUGGGAGGCUGAGAUGGGCAGAUCACUUGAGGCCAGGAGUUGGAGACCAGCCUGGCCAACAUGGUGAAACCCCAUCUCUACGAAAAAUACAAAAAUUAUCUGCGGGUGGUGGCGCACUGCGCUUCUGUAAUCGCAGCUACUCGGGAGGCUGAGGCAGGAGAAUUGCUUGAACCUGGGAGGCGAAGGUUGCAGUGAGCCAUCUCGCCACUGCACUCCAGCUUGGGUGACAGAGCAAGACUCUCUCUCAAAAAAAUAAAAAAUUAUAAAGUAUGUGAGACUUCUGGUUGCCUUACUGCCUGGCCAACAUUUGGUGUUACCUUUUUCCUGAUGGGCUUUGACGUUCUUAUUCUUUCUGGAACAGUCCUGGUCUUGUUUAAAAACAUCCCCAUUUUCCUUUCAUCCCUGGGAGAUACUCUUUUAGUCUUUGUUUGGCUAGUCAAAAUCCCGUCUUUAGUAUCUGUUGUUGAAUUUUUGUGUUUUUGUUUUUUCUGAUUCCCUUUCAGCAUGUCAUCUCAGUCUUGUCCCAGCCCGGGGGUCAGGCGGUGUUGCGUACAGACGGUGCAGUGGCUCCUUCAUGCUGGUUGCCUCAGAGCCUUUGCCAGGCCUGGAGAACUGCAUAGGUGCAGGACUGCCAGUAGUUCUUCCUGCUCUUCGAUCAUUGAAAUGUUUUCUUUUGUGAAGUAAUGAUGGUAGAAGAUGAUAGGGUUUCUGUUUGUUUCUAAUUCUAGUCUUUACUUGGCAUUAAGAAAUUGUUAGCUGCUAGGGUUGAUUUUGAAAUUGUGAAGUUGGAGAGUCCCUCCUGGAGCUGUGGGUUGGAUGGCUGCAGCUCUGUGACUCAGCUGUGCUGGGUGCCUCCCUUUGGGGCUCAGUUACCUCCUUUUAAGGUGUCCCUAGGGUGAGAGAGAUGAUCACGAUAGUCCCUUCCACCUGGGCGGCCCAGGCUUUCCUCGCCCAUUUAGUGCCUUGCAUGUAGAAUUUCCACCUGUUGUCUGCUGUGCUGCCACUGCUUGUCCUCCCUCCCUGCCACACAGAGCUGUGUUCUCUGCCCGCCACUCACGCCUGCUUCUCUGAUCAGGGUUUGUGGAACCCUCCAGCGUGGUCACCAUUCUGGUACCUGUGGUAACACGCUCAGCCUUGGUGUGGCACAUUCUACCAGCCUGUGAGCCUGUGUACAUGGGACAUGUAUCUUCAUUUUGGGGGCUUUCUCCUUCCACUUGAUGCCCAUCCCUUGAGCGUUUACUACUUGUGGAGCGCUUGGCUUUCAGGCCGUAGAGAGCUUUCCAAUCAGUGGUGUCCAGGUAAAAACAAAAGAAGGAAAAAAAGGUUCUAACCUAGCCCUUCUCAGACUUGACUGUGCGUUUGAGCCCCCAGGGUUCUGGUGGUUAGGGCUGGAUGGAGUCUGAGCCUCUGCAUGUCUAACAAGAUCCCUGGUGGUGCUGCUGCUGUUUCUUGGGUCAUGGCCAGUGAGCAAGAAGAGCAGGGAAGUGGGCUGGAGAGGACUGCAGAAACCGGCACAGGGCCUGUUUUGCCUCCUGACAUACGUGGCUGCCAGAUUCCUGCUUUUUCCUCACCUACUAGGAACAGCAGCUGCACAUCCUCUGGUGGUCUUGCGUGGGCUCCUGCUCUGUGGCUGUCAGCGAGCCUUUUACCCCAUGCUCAGGCCCCUCUUAGGGGGCAGGGUGGUGUUGGGAUGGAGUUUGGAGGUGAGCACAGCAUUCGUAGUCACUAUCACAACCUUAAAUUGUUAUUCUGCUUCUUUUUUUUUUGAGACAGAGUCUCACUCUGUCACCCAGGCUGGAGUGCAGUGGCGCGAUCUCGGCUCACUGCAAGCUCCGCCUCCCAGGCUCAAGCAAUUCUGCCUCAGCCUCCGGAGUAGCGGAACUACAGGCGCGUGCCACCACACCCAGCUAAUUUUUUGUAUUUUUAGUAGAGAUGGGGUUUCACAGUGUUAGCCAGGAUGGUCUUGAUCUCCUGACCUCAUGAUCCACCCAUGUCAGCCUCCCGGAGUGCUGGGAUUACAGACCGCACCUGGCCGUUAUUCUGCUUCUUAAAGCAAUGUUCCCCUGCCUCUCUCCAAUAUCCUGUCUCAGAACUGUCAGCCAGACUGUGCCAGGCCUGGGGCCCUCCUUGGUGCCAGCACUGCAGGGGAAAUCAGCUGCAGGUCUCCAAGGUCUUCCUGGCCUCAUUCCUUGCAGGCUCCAAACCCGGAAGUGAUGAGGAGAGGGAGGGGACUGAGGCUGUACCUUCUGGGGGAAGCACAGUUUGGAGGCACUUUCGGUCCAGCUCUCCUCUCAGCAGCCGAUUCCGGCCUUUUCCUUGUGCUGGGGUGUUAGCCCGGGCUUCCUCACCUCAGAAGGGACAGUACACAUGGGCGGGUGGCUCGGACCAUGCAGGGCUUGGCCCUGCUGUGGGCAGUACGAGGUCAUCAGUAGGUCCCAUGGGCAUUUCAGGACGGGCUUGGGAAAGUCACUGGGCUGGGGUGGAUGCUACCUCCCUCACUUUAGGCCACAGGGCUGGCCUGAGGAGCAGAGGAGGAGGAGGCCAGCCUCAGGUCCCAAUCGCUGCAUCACCAAUGUGUUGAGUGGAACCCGAGUGUUUAUUUUGUAGAAGCUGCGUUGGAGAGAGCUGGGCUCCUGGCAUUUGUGGAGCCUGUUGCUUUCCAGGAGGAUGGUCUGGGAGGAGAGCCAGGAGCUGCUGGCUGGCAUCCAGGUCUGGGCUGGAUUACAUGGCUGGGCUUGCCCAGAGCAGUGAGCCCCACCCACCACCAGCCCAUGCCUGAAGGGACAGGGAAGGAGGUCAUGGAGGGUGGGGGUGUUCCCAGAGGAGCAGCAAGCACAACCUGGGCCUCCAAAGCAGGCUGCAUGGGGGCUCCACCUUGUCACUUCUGGUGGAGGAGCUGGGCAGACCCCAUGCCCUCACAGUGAGUUUGGGAGAAUACACCCAGGUGAGGCCCUGCUGUGGAUAGGCAGGUGGUGCUGGGGGGUGGGGGAGUGAGGGUGGAGGUGCAGACUGGAGUCCCUGCUCCUGGCACACCAGUGCAUGGAGGGCGGUGCCUCCUCUAGCUCCCCCAAGCAGCUUGGCAGUUGGAAGCCAUGUGUGAGUGGCAUCCCUGGCCCUGUCUGCGUUGGGGGGGGUCAUCAGACUACAACUCUGGAGUCAGGCUUUAGGUCCUCACUCUGCUACCUACAUGCUCUUGUGACCCUAGGCAAGUUGCUUAACCCCCAAGAACCUUUAAUUUCUUAUCUGAAACUGCAGAGAUAACGCCCCGCUCACUGGGCCUGUGGGAAGAUUGAGGAGAUCAGACCUGCCCACAUGUAGGCUGCCAUCUCAUACAGGGCUGUGGCGGUGGGCGAGGUGCAGCCUUCGCCCCUUGGAGCUAUCUCUUGUCUACCAAGCCUUCCUCAGGGAGGACUCCAGGCCAUGGGGAUAGGGUGAACAAAGUCCUGGGCUUGUGACUGUGCAGGGCUGGUUGGUGUGUCCGGGGGCUGGGCCUUGGGGCACUUCUGGAUACUGGCUGCCUCCUGCCUGGCUGCCUUGUGCCUUCCAGGCAGUCUCUCCCAUGGCUUAGGGGCUCCUGGGAAGAGGCUGAGCUCACACAGGGCCACCCGUUGCAGCUGCAUCUGUCCCGGCCACACCUGAAGUAUGAGGUGACUAUAGUUGGGGGUUGGUCUGGAACCAGGGCCGAUGCUGACCUUAGACUGAAGUUUGGGAGCAGUGGCAGCAAGUCUGGGGCUCUCUCUGACCCUGGUCAGAUGUACUUAGACCUCUGGGUUGUGGAAGUUGCCUGGUGGCCCUGCCCUGCCUCGCAUGGCUUCUCAGCCUGGCAUGCUUGUCCCUCCCACCUGACAGUGGAGCUCGGGCGGGCCGUGGGCGGCCCUGCUCACUCUCAGCUGUCUUGGCGUCAGCUGGAGGGUUCUCAUUUCACUGUUACUUUUGUUUAGGCUGGGAGGUGAUUAAGGUGCUGCUCCUUGGGAGUGGGCUGGGGGGAGCUUCUCCUCAGUCCUCCAGCAUAGCUCCAGGCCUCCUGCAGGAAGCCCCUUUCUUGGUAGUAAAGGGAUAGCUUCCAGGGAGGAAGGUGGAUGAGAAGGAUCCUAGGAGGGCUAGGCGGGAUGGCCUGCUUGGGGUGGCGCCCUUUCCUGGUCUUCACCCUUCUCCCCAGGCCUCCCUCCUGGCUGGGCGUGAGCCAGAAGUUUCAGUCUGAAGGCAGGGGUAUCAUGUGGCUGAGACCACACCCUGAGUUUGACCCCCGCCUGUGGGCCUGGACGUGGGCGUGAGAUGUAUUCCUGUCUCCCAGAGUCAUGGCCUCCAGAAGGAGCCAUGUGGAGGCCCAGCACCUGGAGCAGUUCUGAAUGCCUGGCUUCUUGGAGGCCAAGGUUCUAGGCAAGGUGGGUAUCCAGGCUGGGUUGGGGCAGUGCCUCUCAGAAUUGGGGCUGGAGUUCUCUGCUUUCUGCCUCAGCAGGGAUCACUUGGAUCUGAAAACCUCCUCUCUCCUGGCCUUUGAAAGAUGCUGACCAGAGCACACUCUCCUGCCCUUUGCUGGGUGCUUAGAAGAAAGGCCUUGAGGUAACCCUGUUCCAGCCUCCCCACAGGCCCCUGCAGCCACGUGGACUGACCAGAGGCUCCACACACGGGCAGGUGUGGCCUGACCUCGCUCGCGUAGGAUCAUGGGCUAGUGGGUCCCCCAGUGGGGGGCUGCUUCGAGUGUCAGGAGGCAGCGAGGGGUGCACAGUGCCCUGGCCUCUGCCAUCCCCGUUGGUUAUUUGGCUGGUCUGUGUUUGGUGAGCGAGUAGAGGGAUCCAGAGUGCAGGGUGGUCUUGGCCUGGGGCUUUUGACUGCCCUCUGGAGAUGCACUGAGGGCCACCCAGCUGGGGAGCAGCCGGGAGGGAUAGGAACCUGUUCCCACCGUGGCGUCUUUGCCCUUCCAAUCUGCUUCACCGUCGCCCUUGAUCUCUGUGCCAGUUGGAAAAUUGAGGCAGAACCAAUACCCCUGGGUGAUCUGGAAAUCAUCAGUGGGAAGGGUUGCCUGUGCCCAAGGCUAAAGAUGACAUGUCCCUGCACACUUUCAGCCCCAGGUUUUCCUAUCUUGUGGGGAGGUGAGAGGUCAGGGUGAGUGCUGGGUUUGAGGCUCAGCUGUGCUGUGUGAAGAUUGAGAGGAGCCCACCUCAUCACAUGGACAGAACGCACAGGCUCCUGGGUGGCCCUGCGGCUCCAGUGACAUAGCACAUGGUCGGGCAUACAACAGUGCCCAGGAAAGGUGACCAGGCAUUGAUGCACCCCCAGGAAGGCCACGCGCUCAGGAGGCCCCCGCCCCGCUGGCUGCUGCUUACAUGGUGUCUGGGCCCUUGGCACUCCGUUCAUGCGGGAGAUGGCAGGGGCUGGCACAUGACGGUGGAGCAGAAAUUUGGCCUGUUUUCUGCUGAGAUAAAGGAAGCAGACCCCCUGGCUGCCUCGGAAGCAAGUCAACCCAAACCCUGUCCCCCCGAAGUGACCCCCCACUACAUCUGGAUCGACUUCCUGGUGCAGCGGUUUGAGAUCGCCAAGUACUGCAGCUCUGACCAAGUGGAGAUCUUCUCCAGCCUGCUGCAGCGCUCCAUGUCCCUGAACAUCGGCGGGGCCAAGGGGAGCAUGAACCGGCACGUGGCGGCCAUCGGGCCCCGCUUCAAGCUGCUGACCCUGGGGCUGUCCCUCCUGCAUGCCGACGUGGUUCCAAAUGCAACCAUCCGCAAUGUGCUUCGCGAGAAGAUCUACUCCACUGCCUUUGACUACUUCAGCUGUCCCCCAAAGUUCCCUACUCAAGGAGAGAAGCGGCUGUGUGAAGACAUAAGCAUCAUGAUUAAAUUUUUGACCGCCAUGUUCUCAGAUACGAAGUACCUGACCGCCAGCCAGCUUGUUCCCCCAGCUGACAUCGGCGACCUCCUGGAGCAGUUAGUAGAGGAGAUCACAGGCUCCUUGUCGGGCCCAGUGAAGGACUUUUACCAGCGGGAAUUUGAUUUCUUUAACAAGAUCACCAACGUGUCGGCUGUCAUCAAGCCCUACCCUAAAGGCGACGAGAGAAAGAAGGCUUGUCUGUCGGCCCUGUCUGAAGUGACGGUGCAGCUGGGCUGCUACCUGCCCAGCAACCCCGAAGCCAUUGUGCUGGACAUCGACUACAAGUCUGGGACCCGGAUGUAGAGUGCUGCAAAAGCCCCAUAUCUGGCCAAGUUCAAGGUGAAGCGAUGUGGAGUUAGUGAACUUGAAAAAGAAGGUCUGCGGUGCCGCUCAGACUCCGAGGAUGAGUGCAGCACGCAGGAGGCCGACGGCCAGAAGAUCUCCUGGCAGGCAGCCAUCUUCAAAGUGGGAGACGACUGCCGGCAGGACAUGCUGGCCCUGCAGAUCAUCGACCUCUUCAAGAACAUCUUCCAGCUGGUCGGCCUGGACCUCUUUGUUUUUCCCUACCGCGUGGUGGCCACUGCCCCUGGGUGUGGGGUGAUCGAGUGCAUCCCCGACUGCACCUCCCGGGACCAGCUGAGCCGCCAGACAGACUUCGGCAUGUACGACUACUUCACACGCCAGUACGGGGAUGAGUCCACCCUGGCCUUCCAGCAGGCCGGCUACAACUUCAUCCGAAGCAUGGCCACCUACAGCCUCCUGCUGUUCCUGCUGCAGAUCAAGGACAGACACAACGGCAACAUUAUGCUGGACAAGAAGGGCCAUAUCAUCCACAUCAACUUUGGCUUCAUGUUUGAAAGCUCGCCGGGCGGCAAUCUCGGCUGGGAACCCGACAUCAAGCUGACGGAUGAGAUGGUGAUGAUCAUGGGGGGCAAGAUGGAGGCCACACCCUUCAAGUGGUUCAUGGAGAUGUGUGUCCAGGCUACCUGGCUGUGCGGUGAGCCUGGGCCCUACAUGGAUGCGGUCGUCUCCCUGGUCACUCUCAUGUUGGACACGGGCCUGCCCUGUUUUCGCAGCCAGACAAUGAAGUUCUUGAAGCACAGGUUUAGCCCCAACAUGACUGAGCGCGAGACUGCAAAUUUCAUCAUGAAGGUCAUCCAGAGCUGCUUCCUCAGCAACAGGAGCCGGACCUACGACAUGACCCAGUACUAUCAGAAUGACAUCCCCUACUGAGGAGGGGACCUUCGAGGGCCUCUGCCCCAUGUGCCCUCGAAGCUGCCCCACAAUCAUGGAGCCCUGCGACCUACCCGCCCUGCCGCCACAUGCAGUGGAGGAGAGGCCUGUGGCCCGAAGAGCCUGGUAGCGCCUCCUGGGGCAGCACGUGGGUGGCGCAGGCUUAGUAACGCCGUGGACUGCAGCGACAAUCAGUGGAUGGUGCUGUCUAUGCACAGGUGUGAGUCCUUUGCACUGGACAUAUUCCCUACCUGUUUUAUUUCAUAGGUACAUGAAGUAUUGUGUAUAAAAAAAGAGAUAAGAUUUAACCAACAUCAACAAAAUAAAAACCCAAAAUAGUGCUGUGUUGGAA